AUGGCGAUCGGGCAGCAGUCGCGUCUGCUGCUCGCCACUUUGGUGCUCUCUGCAACGGUCCAUGCACAGGUUCAAAAUGCGACAAGCCACAAGCAUCGAAAUGAUACUGCCCCUAACUUUCAGGAUCGCACUGCCUCGAACAAGGACAAGUCUGACAUGGACGAUGACUACAUCGGCCCGCUCGACACUGGGGCUUUUCGACGACUCCUUUACCACAGCACCUUUCUGGGCGCUGAAAUUGGACGAAGCCAGGCACUCCGCUAUGACCCCGAGUUCGAAGAGCGAUGCCAGAAAGACGUGGAAUGUCAUCUAGCUCUGCAAGGCUUGACAUCAUCUGUUACAAAAAAGUCUAUUGGCAUGGGAGAACCAGUUUGUCCACACGAGCACUGUGAUGCCGCGAACUUGGUACAAGUCUGGUCACAUAAGCACAUUGCCGCUGUGCAGGAGGCCUUCGCAAGAACCUGGUUGCUGGCGGAAAACUUUGGGAGAAAUUUUACUUUCCCCCAGUGGGAUUCAUCAUUAGACACGAACCUCAGAGUGAUCUCCAUGACACAGCAAUGGCUUGAUAAGGACGACGUAGACAAGAAAGGGCUCGAAAGGGUCAGAAGGUAUUGGGCAACCAGCGACCAAGUGCAGACCCCACUUCGUGACUGGUAUAGCAACCACACCUUGGUGGAUAACAGCUACAACGUGACAGACCUUCGCGGGUCACUUUUCAUGGAAACACUAUUCAACGGACCAACCUGCCUUGGAGACUCCUACCUGUGUCCCGUUGAUCAAGCGCAAAGAGACGCCGUCAUUCCGGUGUUAUCGGCCAUGAAAGCAUCCUGGGAAGUUGGAGUUCUGAAAGAGUGGAAUCCCUUCCGAACGACGCUCGCAGUUAUGCAGGCCAGGGACAGCGGGUACCGAGAUCUAGAUGACGCAUUGGCGCACAGCGAGAUGAAGAAGGGACACCGGAACGAGGCUCUCAUGAUUAUGAAACAGUUCGCGGACGAAGCUAAUGCGAACCGUGAUGCUCUUCGAGGGGUGUCGGAGAACAUGAUAUACACGACUGAAGUAUUUGACCAGUAUGAGGGAAGGAUCUGGCAUGCCAGCCUCAGAUCGGACGAUUCGCGGACAGUCGAUCCAGGUCUUCGAAUGUUGGGUUAUGUUCCCCUUGUCGCACACGAUGAUACCGGUAUGCCGCUGUUGGGAUACGAGCAGACGCGGCAUGUGGACGAUCUUACACCUAUAACGGCUGGCUACUGGCAGAUGAUAACCGUCGACCCAACACCUGCGGGAAAUGCUGUGAAUGCGUCCAUGACACACGAGAAACGCUCGGAGGAAAUCGACAUCCUUGCGCCUGCGGGAGCUGACUGGCAUUUGCCUUCAGAAGGUGGAUUUGUGCCCCGCCCGUCUCUGCUGUCACGACGAGGUCCAAAAGAGGAGACGAAAGUGAACCCGGCCUUGCCGCAUCGAUUGUUUCAAGUACGGACAGGUGCUGAAGGCGGCAUCAUGACAGACAGCAUGGGAAAUCCGCUCACACGUACUGUGGAAGUUCAAGACGACCACGAGACUCCUCCAGUGAUGCAGUCUACAGACACCACAAUUAUUCACGGAGGCAUGAUAUCUUUGAUGGGUCUCAAAUUCAGCACUGCGGCAGGAAAAGCAAUUGGUCUGGGCCUUCCGUUACAGUUCGCAGUACAUGCAAAGUCCGCUCUGAAAAGCAACAUUGUAAGAGGCGAGAGGCACGUGCAAUUCGCGGAGUUCGAAGCCGUAGAUGGCAUUCGCGCAAAUAACGGGGCAGGACGUCGUUCAUGGUGGCCUGUCAACCGGGAACAGCAUGUCCGCAAGCGCUGGAUUAAGGACGAAUUGCGAAAGCAACAGCGCUUUACCAAGGAGUGGGAAGAAGAGCUUUUAGAGCUUGGAACUAAAAUUAAUCGCAUGACGCCCGGCGACACAUGGCUUCCCGGUUUACGCCAACGGAAACAAGCCGUCGAAAAGGCGUUGGAAAGCUCGAAGAAGACACAACGCGCGUUCAAAGAUCUACAGAACCUUCCGAAGGUUAAUCCGAAUCACCCCAACGUGGAAGUCCUGACGGCACAACGAGCCGAGCGUGUCGAGAGUGCACUUGAGCAGUCAAGGGAUACUUUCAGGUUUAGAGAAAGGACCAGGCUGCUCGAGGGCGCGGAUCUCUUUCGAGAAGUGUUUGAGCCAGGCACAGCUGUGCCGGAACAGAUGCGGAAUGUCGCCGACUCCAUCGCCGCGAGAAGAGGCGCAAAGCUGUCCGACCUCAUGGACUUUGGUGCGAUUCGAAGAUACAUUAGGAUGGGGUGGCAUCGGCCUUCCCCGCUUCUCCACUACGAUAGAAAAAUGCCCACUGCUUUGGGAGAAGCACAGGUGAGAGCUGCAGAUGUUGUGGAAAUCCUAGCUUCGGAGUCUUACAGAGUCACCGAAGAUGUGGCAGCACGACACUCGCGCAUCUUGUCUCGCAUCAACGAACUGGUCAGCAGCCCAGCGCGAGCAAGGGCAGCGGCUAGGAACACUUUGCGUGCUGUCAAAUUACCCAAAGUACCACUGGGGGCAAUUGGCAACGUUGCAAUGGCGGCUUUUACCAUUGGAUCCGGCAUUGCACAGUUGGUCUCGGAGCUCGAGGAUGAUGAUACUUGCAAGCGACCAACAUACAGGACUGAGCUAUGGAGUUUGGAAGCCGCCGAAAUGGACAUCAUCCUCUCACCUUGUAUCAACACGGUUGCUCCCCUUCCGACACCAACGAACAUGGAACCUUUGACGGUUGUAUUUGGUGAGCUAGAACCCACCGGCAAGGAGGCUUGGGUGCUCCCAGGGGGCAUUCCAUAUGACAACGUCACGACUCAUGGUCUCGCGUCUCCCAAUGCAACUCAUCCAAACGGCACGCAGGCGGUCAUUCCGAGCAACACCAUCGAGGACCAGAAUGCCACCUCUACGGAGGAAUUCAAAUGCCCGAUGCCGCCACUUGAUCAAGACUACAUUUACGGCCGAGCAGAGGCCUUGCCGUGUCCCAUUCCAACUCCGCGAGAAUGCAGCAUAGACUGGUUCCGCAGACACAUCAACGAGAUUCCUGUCGGAGUUCGAGGCCCUGAUUAUUGCGGAACGGGUAACCUCGUUGGCCACGCUCGUGCACAGGCGAACAAUUGCCUGCCCGAUUUCGGAAGUAAGGAGUGCAAGAAGAUGUUUGGGUUGGAUGAGAAGACGAUUGAAAAGGAGAAGAAGAAAGAAGAGGAGAAACAGAAGAAGGAGGAUAAGGAGAAUGAGAAGAAGCAGAAGGAGGAGGAGAAGAGGCGGAAAGAGGAGGAGGAAAGGAAGAAGGCGGAGGAAGCGCAGUAGUGGCUCAAUUGAGGUUGAUGUGUCUCCUCUGAGGCUGUUCUUGUAAAUGACUGGGAGAGAGACAUUUUUGCA